AUGCGCCUUACCAACCUGCUUCCAUUUACAGAAGCCAUCAUGCAAGCUCACAUGCCGGAGAAGCCCCCGCCAACGUUAGAAAGAUAUGACGGCUCAGCGGACCCCGACAAUCAUCUCCGCAACUUUAUAGACGCCAUGGCGUUCUACACGGACAAUGACCCCGUCAUUUGUAGAGCUUUUUCGUUGUCUCUGAAGGAUGAAGCACUUGAGUGGUAUCACACUCUCCCUCAAAAUUCAGUGGAUUGCUUCGCCACAGUAGAAGCCCUCUUCCGAAAACAGUACGCUACCAAUAGAAGACCGGAGAUGACUCAUGCUGAGCUUGUGAACACUAAGCAGGAGAAAGAUGAAACCCUAAAGGCUUUCAUGCAAAGAUACAACGAGAUAGCCCGACGCGUGAAGGACGUUAACCACACGUUCAUAAUUAGCAAUCUACCCUCAUGUUUGAGGCCGGGGUAUUUCGCGGAACAGUUGUAUGCAGACCCUCCAAAGUCUAUGGAAGAACUCCAGGCAACAAUCGCGAAAUUCAUCCGCAUUGAAGACCUCAGAAACUCCAGAAAGAAACAACAGCAUGACAGCCCAAACAAUAAUACUAAGCAAGACAUGAAACGGUCAUCCAACGACUACAAAACAGAUCGACCACCUCGAAAAGAGUCAGGAUGGACACCUAAAUAUGAUCGCUAUACAUCCCUCAACGCACCCAGGACUAAGGUGCUCGAAGAGGCUUUGCACGCUGAACUCCUGACCGUUCGGCGAAAGGCCACUCCAAAGAAAGCUGACGGCAGCGUGUCGACUUCAUAUGAACCAUGGUCAUGA